CAAGGAAGUCAUGGAGGAGAAUUAUGAGAUGGUGGCCUCUUUAGCAGAGACUCUGAUAUUCAGAUCUGAGCUCACCUCCUCGCUUGGAACAGAAAAAUACAGGGAUGUUGUCCUGGACCAAUUGAGAGGUGAUGGAGGAGGCAAUCAGAAUAUUGAAGGGCCAUCUGCAAAGUACUUAAGUGUGAGUGAACACCUUAGCACCCAUCUACAAACUAACACAGGAGAGAAACCCUUUAAAUGCAUGGAGUGCGGAAAGAGCUUCAGUAAAAAUGGAAACCUUACUGUACAUAAACAAAUUCACGCAGGGAACAAACCAUUUAGAUGUAUGCAGUGUGGAAAGAGCUUCAGACAAUGUUCACACCUUACUAUACAUCUACGAACUCACACAGGGGAGAAACCUUUUAAAUGUAUGGAGUGCGGAAAGAGCUUCAGUGAGAGUGGAAAACUUGCUAUACAUCAACGAAUUCACACAGGGGAGAAGCCCUUUAAAUGUAUGGAUUGUGGAAAGAGUUUCACUGAGAGUGGAGGGCUUAGAAAUCAUCAGCGGACUCACACAGGGGAGAAACCAUAUAAAUGUUUGGAGUGUGGAAAGAGCUUCAUUCGUAGUGGGAAACUCACUCUACACCAACAAAGUCACACCGGGGAGAAACCAUUUAAAUGUAUUUGUGGGAAGGCUUUCAGUCAUAGUGGAGCUCUUGCAACACAUCAACGAACUCAUACAGGGGAGAAACCAUUUAAAUGUAUUGAGUGUGGAAAGAACUUCAGUGAAGCUUCAAAACUGACCAUACAUCUACGAACUCACACAGGGGAGAAACCCUUUAAAUGUAUAGAGUGUGGACAGAGUUUCAGUCACAAUGGAACACUUACUAGACAUCAACGAACUCACACAGGUGAGAAACCAUACAAAUGUACUGUUUGUGGAAAGUGCUUUAGUGCCAGUGGAAGCCUUACUCUACAUCAACGAACUCAUACAGGGGAGAAACCAUAUAAAUGUUUGGAGUGUGGGAAGAGCUUCAUUUGUAGUGGAAGACUCACUGUGCACCAGCAAAGUCACACCGGGAGUAAACCAUUUAAAUGUAUUUGUGGGAAGGGUUUCAGUCAGAGUGGAGCUCUUGCAACACAUCAACGAACUCAUACAGGAGAGAAACCAUUUAAAUGUAUGGAUUGUGGGAAGGGUUUCAGUGAUAGUAGAACUCUUAGAAGACACCAGCGAUCUCACACAGUGGAGAAGCCCUUUAAAUGUAUGUAGUGCUGAAAGAGCUUCAGUAAAAAUGGAAGACUUAUCUAAUAUCAACGAAUUCACACAGGGAAAACCAUUUAGAUCAGGGGUGUCCAAACUUUUUUCAAAGAGGGCCAGAUUUGAUGAAGUUAAUAUGCGUGGGGGCUGACCAAAAUUGUUUUUUUGGGGAUUGAAGUUGUUGAGCUUUUGGCGGGAUUUCCCCCCAAGGUUUUUGAGGGUUUUUUAGGAUUUUACCCCAGGAAAUAAACUGCCACAGGGGCCGGAAUAAACCAACUUUGGACAUGCCUGAUUUAGAUGUAGGGUAUGCGGAAAGAGCUUAAGUCAGAGUGCAAGCCUUACUACACAUCAACGAACUCACAAAGGGAAAAAACCAUUUAAAUGUAUGAAUUGUGGGAAGUGCUUUAAUCAGAAUGGAGCUCUUAAAAGACAUCAAUGAACUAAUACAGGGGAGAAACCAUUUAAAUGUAUAGAGUGUGGAAAGGGCUUCAAUGGAAAUGGAACUCUUAGAAGACAUCAACGAUCUCACAGAGAAGCAACUGUUUAAAUGGAAGGAGUGUGGAAAGUAUUUCAGUUAUAAUGAAGUUCUUAAUAAGCACUUACAUAGUGUUACGGGGGAGAACCCAUUUAGUUUUAUAGAGUAUGUCAUGUUUUCCCCACGGAGUUCACUUUGUCCCUCAUAUCAGCAAACUCAUAUAAGGAAAUUCAAUUGUAAAUGCAUGGAAUAUUUUUGAUUUUCUGAUGUUUGAAAGUUGUACAUACAUGUAUUAAGGCAAUGAAGGUAAUGUCUCAUA